AUGAAAGCUGGAGACGUUGCGGUUCAUGCUGCGGGUGUGGCACAUCGGAAUGUGGAGAGUAGUGAGGAUUAUGAGUAUGCUGGAUUUUAUCCAGAGGGUGCUCCGCACUGGGAUAACAACUUUUGUAAAGCCGACAAGGAAGAGACCGAGAUGAAGAAAGAGGCUGCGCGGAAGAUAGCUGUGCCGGAUUGUGAUCCGAUUUAUGGCAAGGAUGGGCCUUUGCCCAGGAUCUGGAACAAGGUUGACAAAGGGCCAUCGUUUGCUACUUCAUUCUUCAACAGUCUUUUCGCAUCGAGUCUCAAGAGUACGGGUUGA